AUGACAGUGGGUGCUGACGCGGGAAGCAUUGAAUGGAGGGAUGACGGACGGAUCGAACAGUCAGCAAAGUGCCGUGUCAGCGUUUUCAACUAUCAUUAUCGCGCGUAGCUGUUCUCUGUUCUUGGAUUCAGGCCCAAAAAUUCGCGUCCCAGUCACUGAACUCCCUACCGAGAUUCUUUUGAGGAUCUUCCGCUUGGUGUAUGCGGAGAACAGAUCUUUGCAACUGGAAUCAUUCCACUCUGACCGCGUGUUUGAAGACUGGACACACGAGGAGCCUCUCUCCCCUUCAUUGUUUCCAUUUGCUAUCGCUGCAGUUUGUUCUCGCUGGUGUGAUGUUGCGGCGACUGUCCCCGAGUUUUGGACUCGGAUGACGGUGACGGUGGACAAAAAUCCUACCGAUAUCUCUGCAAUCCGAGCGUGUUUGCGGUGGUCGUGUUUACUCCCGCUUGACAUCACGGUCACGCGCAGCGUCAUUGAUAAUGACACUCCUGAUGAGGUCGAGUGCCAGCGCGCCCAGAGCAUCAGAGCGUUGCUACGACCUCACUUGAACCGCAUCCGUCGUCUACACAUCUCGGUGUUGCACAGCAACACACUUCCUUUCUUGUUCACCAAUCUUGAUGGGCCCGCCGAAUUGUUGCAGAGCCUGAAGCUGGGAAGCGUCAUUGACGACGGAGGUUCCAAGCGAAUACGCCCUUCUGAUGGACCCCUUGUUGCGCCAGUCUUAGAUACGCUCGAUAUCAGCGGUCGCUGCCUCCAAGAUGGCUUUCUGCAAAGAUCAACCCAAAUCACUCUCAUGUCAAAAAUCACAUCCGUCAAAAUUUCACGUUACCGUCCUUUCGGCGCACGCGCAGAGGGGCUCUCCUUAUGGCAGACGCUCCGAACCCUUGGCCAGCUCCCCCUGCUCGACGAUCUCACUCUCUGCGAUGUUCACUUUGACAUAGACCAAAAUACUCUGGGAGGGCCUGCGGUUUCACUCAGCCGUUUACAAACCCUCGCAUUCGAGAAACUGGACGACAGCAAUGUUCUCAAAAUUGUUUUUGCAGUCCUCAUCGGAGCCCGUCUCUCGUCCACGAUAAUCACAGACUGCAAAGUCGACACUCUCGGUCGCAUUUGUUUUACCGACUACCUUACGUUCGAGAACAUGGACACAUCCAAAAGUUUCGUCAACGUGCUCCGUCAUUGGAAUGGGAGUAGUCUUACCCUUGACAAUUGUGCUGGCGUUGACGAUGGGUUUUUCGACGUCAUGACUAAGCCUUUCAAGAGCACCUCGGAGGAAGAAUGCUAUAUUGCGCCCAGGAUGACGAAGUUGCGACUGCUGAAUUGCGAUCACUUCACUGCUCCGGCGUUGAGGAGAUUCAUCCAAGCGCGGAUACGUGCUGCGAGUGCUCCGCAAUGGGGUUUCCUGAAUCCCCUAGCGACCGAGUCCGAUGAUGAAGAUAUGCUCACGAUGAACACGAAGGCGAUAAGCUGGCUGGAUGUCAGAGGUCGUGGGCCUGUGAUCACAGAGGCAGAUGCAGCGUUGUUGUCGGGGCGCGUCGGCAUGUUUAGCUGGGACGCUUUGCAGCCAAAUGGGAAGAGGUGCAGUGUGGCGUAUUAUUCGAAGAAGGUGGUGAUUAAGUAGCAUUACUCUCAUUUUCGCCGGCAGCUGGAAUGCCUUCCUUGGUACCGUUCUUGAUCUCGUCUUUGCCAGCAGUUGUAGCGUUUUCCUUUGCAUCGUUCUUGAACUUCUUAGCAUAUCAUGCAAACAGGGCAUCUUAUUAUUUUUGACCAGGUUUCGAGUUACAAGGUCACUGCAUCCAAGUGUAAACUAUCUCUGCCCUCCACAACAGUGUUUUGAUUCUUGGUCCC